UCCACAGUGUCGAGGAGGGCGUUGGCUCCAUUGGACGCAACAUAGAGUGACGAUUGUGCCCUUCCCUGCCAGGAAGCGUUGACAGUUAGUUUUGCCGCACACAUCGGAGGGUGGGCUAACUCCUGAGUCGUGCUCCCAAUCGGUGGCCCAUGCUCCUCGUUCCACCUCCAUAUCGUAACCGUCAUUCCUUUUCUCUACCAUCUCUUCUUAUUUCAUCCCACUCUCUCCCGCUUCUUUCGGAAAUUUGUCCCCCCCUCCCCCUUCCCUCCGAUGCUUCCCUCUGUUGCUUUAAUCAGUUGGCGAUUCUGGAAACUCUCAUUUUGUGUCUAGGCUUCGUCAUGAGUUCUGCUGCUGCUGUUGGAAAUUCACUCAUUUCUGUUACUCCCGAUGAGCUCAGAUUUCAGUUUGAGCUGGAGAAGCCAUCAUUUUGUGAAAUUAAAGUUUCGAACAACACAGGACACCACGUUGCUUUUAAGGUCAAAACCACUUCACCUAAGAAGUACUUCGUACGGCCAAACACUGGCAUUGUGCAACCGGAGGACUCAUGUAUCAUCAGAGUCACACUCCAUGUCCAGCAUGAAUAUCCUACCGAGGUGCAACGGAAAGACAAGUUUCUCUUACAGAGUACAGUAGUGAAUCCUAAUACUAAGGUUGAUGAGCUUUCGUCAGAUAUUUUUGGCAUGCAGUUUAAUAAGGAUAGUGGAAAGUCAACAAUAGAGGAAUGCAGACUAAGAGUUGUAUUUCUCUGCCCUAACUCAGCUCAAGGAAAUUUGGAAGAUGAAGCAUUGAAGAGGUCCAUACAAGAUCUUGAUUCUGAUUCUAGUCAGGCUUUACAGCGCCUGAAAGAAGAAAGAGAUGCUGCUAAUAGACAAACGAUGCAACUGCGACAGGAACUGGACAUGAUGAAAAGGCGAAAAAUUCGUGGAAGUGAUCAGGGCUUUUCCUUCGGCUUUGCCAUUUUCGUGGGUCUUAUUGGAACUUUGCUUGGCUUGCUUUUGAAACUUUCCUUGUCCUAGGCUUCUGCAGGCUGAUUUUGUUGGGAUGUUUGCCCGCACAGCUUACCCUCUUCACUGUAAAGUUCCACGUUAUGUUGAACGCAACAUUAUCACUAGAAUGCUCUCUCUGUGGUUAUAUAUUUCUUUGUUAUUGUCACUGUACUUUAAGAAGAGGGAUAGACACAGGAGGUGCAUCAGCUGUAAAGAAGAGAAAUACAUAAUCAUGCCGCUGCAGCAGAGAAUUAAAGCCUCCCUCAAUACAAUUAAUUUUCCAUUUCAA